AUGGCUCGAUGGUUAAGACCAUAUUUCCUGGCGCACCCUAUCACGGUAUUAACUAAUAGCACCAUGGACAGAGCUCUGACUCACGUGGAGGUAGCAGGCCAGCUUAUCAAGUGGGCAACUGAGCUAGGAGAAUACGAUAUACAGUACCAGCCACGCACAGUCAUCAAAGCGCAGGCCUUGGCAGAUUUUUUAACAGAGAUUCAUCAGAUUAAUUCUGAGGAAACUUGGAAAAUCUACGUAGAUGGGUCAGCAACUCACAAAGGAAGUGGGGUCGGGAUUCUCUUGAUUUCUCCUCAAGGAGAUAUAUUGCAGUUGGCUGUUCGGCUUAAUUUCAGAGCCACUAACAACGAGGCAGAAUAUGAGGCUUUGUUGGCAGGGUUGCAGGUAGCCCGGCAUGUAGGGGCUGCCCAGGUAAUCAUUCACUCAGAUUCCCAAUUAGUAACUCAGCAAGUGGUCGAUAACUUUGUGGUAAAUUGUGAUAAGUUACAAGUAUAUCGGGAAGCAUAUGAGAAGAUGAAGGAAGAAUUUGUGGAAGUUACAGUGACUAAGAUCCCCAAGGUAGAUAACGAGAAAGCGGAUGAGUUGGCAAAGAUGACCAGUUCCUUAACUACUUGGGUGUUGGACAGAUCAAUGGCACAAACCUUCCUUAUAGCUCAGAUAGAUUUGCAGAAUAAUAAGGAAGCAACCAUUGAUUGGCGGGCACCCAUGAUCAGCUAUCUUCUACAGGGUACCUUACCGGAUGACCCAGAGGAAUCACGGCUAGUCAGAAAACAAGCUCAUGCCUAUGUCAUGAUAGGCGAUCAACUAUACAAGAGGUCCUUUUCUAGACCAUUACUUAAAUGCCUGGAUAUGGAGGAGGCGGAUCAAGCCUUACAAGAAAUACAUUUGGGAUGCUGUGGUAGUCAUGUGGGAGGUCGGACAUUAUCUCGUAGGGUACUCCUGGCUGGAUAUUUCUGGCCCACUUUACAAAGGGAUGCUCAGAUGUUGGUAAACACCUGCUUGUCAUGCCAAAAAUAUCAGAAUCUGAUGCACAGACCAACUACGCUAUUGAAGACAUCUAUAGUCUCGUGUCCCUUUGAUCAGUGGGGCAUGGAUAUUGUAGGACCAUUUCCAAUGGCCCCCAGUCAGAAGCGUUUCUUUUUGAUAGCGGUGGAUUAUUUCUCCAAGUGGGUGGAAGUAGAGGCCCUGGCCAGGAUUACAGAAGGGGUUGUCAUUCAGUUUUUAUGGAAGAACAUUCUAUGCAGGUUCGGCAUACACCAUAAGCUGGUAUCAGACAACGACAGACAAUUUCAAGGCCAGAAAAUCCAGGUCUGGUGUAAAGAGUUCGGCAUAACCCAGGCUUUCACAUCGGUCGCUUAUCCCCAAAGCAACGGACAGACUGAAGUAGUUAACCGGGAGAUUGUCAGAGGGCUCAAGGUCAAGUUGGAUCACGUAGGGGGCGAUUGGGUGGAAGAACUAUCGAGCAUCCUAUGGGCCUACCGUACAACGCCCAGGGAAAGCACAUCCCUGACACCCUUUCAUUUGGUAUAUGGUAACGAAGCAGUGGUACUUAUAGAGGUUGGGGUGCCCUCUGUUAGAAGGAUACUAUAUGACGAUGAAAAUACCGAGCGGCGAUUAGCAGAGCUAGAUCUCAUUAGUGAAAUACGUGAAUGGACAACAGCCAGAUUGGAGGCUUAUCGACAAAGAAUGAGGCAAUAUUACAAUAGAAGAGUGAUUCCUCAGUUCUUUGGGGAAGGAGACCUGGUCUGGAAGCAAGUCAGUACUAAUCAUUUAAAAGGAGCAAAAGUAUCGUCCGGAAUCUCUUUGAGGAUCCGGUUAUGA